AUGUGGCUUUUCAUCACAGUGGCAUGUUUAAUUCAGCAGGCUACAGAUUCAAAUGAAAUCACAAGCAAGAGACAUUUGAAUCCUCAAGAAUUUAUGACUAUUAAUGAAAUCAUCCACUAUUGGGGAUAUCCCAGUGAGGAACAUGAAAUCCUGACUGAUGAUGGCUAUUAUCUGCAGGCAAACAGAAUUCAUCAUGGAAUAUACAGUACUGGGAAGUCAGAGCCUAGGCCAGUUGUGUUACUUGUACCUGGUUUGGUGACUGAAGGUAGGUGCUGGAUUGGAAAUCUUCCCAACAAUAGCUUGGGAUUUUUUCUAGCAGAUGCAGGCUAUGAUGUAUGGAUAAUAAAUAACAGAGGAACCACAUGGUCUCGAAAGCACCAGAACCUGACAGUUGACCAAGAAGAAUUCUGGAAUUUCAGUUUUCAUGAAAUGGCAAUGUAUGAUAUUCCAGCAGCCAUAGACUUUAUCCUGCAGAAGACUGAGCAAGAUAAAUUGUACUAUAUUGGUCAUUCCCAGGGUGGUGCAGUUGGUCUUAUUGCCUCCUCAAUCAUGCCACAGCUUGCUAAAAAGAUCAAGCUCUUCAUGUGCUUUGCUCCUCCCUAUACAUUGGGGAACACUAAGGGACCCAUGAAAAUGCUUCUAUCGCUUCCUGAUGAAUUAAAAAAAAGUAUAUGGGGCAACAAGGAAUUCAGUUUUUUUAGUAACAAGCUGAAAGCAAGCAAUGCCAAUUUGUGCAGCUAUCCCGUAAUUGACAAGUUUUGUCUCCAGCUAAUUUUCCUUUGUGCGGGUUUUAAUGCAAAUAAUCUAAAUGUGAGUCGUGCAGAUAUGUAUAUUGGAACCUAUCCUGAUUUUACUUCUGUUAAAACAAUAAGACACUGGAGUCAGAUCACAAAAUCCAAAGAAUUUAAAUAUUUUGACUAUGGACGUAAGAACAAAGUUGUGUACAAUAUGACCAAGCCUCCAUUUUAUGAAAUAGAAAGGAUGAAUGUGCCAACAGCUGUAUGGAGUGGUGGGAAUGACAUUAUUGCACGUGCAAAGGACAUUGAACAGUUGCUGCGUCGAAUUUCUAAUUUAGUUUUCCACAAAAAUAUUCCUAGCUGGCAUCAUGCUGAUUUUAUCUGGGGUCUUGAUGCUCCCAAACACCUUUAUAUUGAUGUGCUUUAUCUGAUGGAAAAAUAUAAAUAA